GCGGUACACGAGAAUGUAUUGACUCCUUUCGCCUUUUACUAAAACAUGGCUGCAUCCUUGGUCCUCAAGCGACAAUUUUUCUCUUUAGCAAGGAUAUUUAGUGAAAUUUCGCACUCGAUACCGAGAGGUUCCAGUGUCUGCUCCAGCCAUGGUAAAUGCAACACAACUAGGAUUAAUUUCCCACAGAUAUCAUGCAGCUCUUUUCACACGGCUACAAUGUUAUCAGCAACCCCAGAGAUCACUGUAACAAAUGAGCCAGACACGCUCAUCCAGAAAGUGGUUAUUUUGGUCAAGGGUCAUGACAGAGCCGUGUUGGACAGCUAUGAGUUCUUCGCCACCACGGCAGCUAAACAUCUGGGUCUCAACAUCAGCCAAGUUUCUGAACCAAAGAAAGACAUCGACAGAUUGACAGUCUUGAAGUCAGUACACAUCUUUAAAAUACACAGGGUCCAGUAUGAGAUGAGGACACACUACCGAUGUAUUGAGCUGCGUCACAUCACUGGCUGCACAGCUCAGGUGUACCUUGAAUAUAUCCAGAGGAACCUACCUGAAGGUGUAGCAAUGGCGGUGACAAAGACCACCAUGGAGAAAGUUCCAGAACAUAUCCAAGAACCCAUGUGGAAGGACCACCCCACCGAAGACAACCCCAGCCAAUAAAUCCCAGAACGUCUACAGGCUGUUUUAUACCAAUAACUUGUUCAUGCAAGAAUAAAAAAAUAAUACAAACAAA